AUGCCCGUAGAGAACUACGGCCCUACCGAUCAAUAUAGGCAGGAUUUCUACCUUGUCGACUGGAAGAAUCACGUUGGGAACCUGCCAUUUACAACCUUCGGAUACCAAUUGUCUGUGGAGUUCUACGCCCCUCCCGAUCAAUAUACGCAGGAUUUCCAUCCUGUCGACUGGCAGAAUCAAGUUGGGAACCUGUCAAUAUAUAUGGGCGAGCAGUAUUUCACUCAACCCAGCCAACCCGCUCAUCGCCCGCAUGGACAUCCUGCACCCUUUGGAUUCCAAAAUCCCGUGGUAGACCACGGCCCCACCGAUCGAAAUGCGCAGGUUUUCUAUCCUGUCGCUUACCGGAUUCACGUCGGGAACUUGCCAAGAAAUAUGGACGAGCAGACUAUGAAGAAGGCGCUGCGAGAAAUCUUCGACCCUAUCGGGAGAUGCUUUAUCACGGUUAAUAUCUAUCAGAAGUACCCGACUGCCUUCGUGCAGUUUACAGCGUUACAAGACCUUCAGAUGGCGCUGGGUUUAAAUAACGCGUGCAAUGUUGGCGAGCAGGUUUUGCGGAUCGAGGCCGCCAAAGGUCCGCGAAACGGGAAAAAGACUCCUAUUUAUAGGAAGAAUGUGAAUGGAGAGUUGGAAAAGUGGAAUGGGUAUUAG